CAGACGAAAGGAGAAUAUAACUGCCUUUAGUUUCAGCAGAUCUGCUCAGGACAGGUGCCUGACCCCCACAUAGCACAGACUGCACUUCAGCCGUGAUGAAGACCCCACUGUGGAUGCUACUGUUGCUUGGACUGUGUAACCCAACGUGGUGUGACUGCCAGGAAGAUUGCCUGUUCUGCAGCCAACAACUGCCUAAAGAAUAUGCCUUCAGCAAUUUGAUGUGUCUGGUGGAGUGUCAUGGUAAACUUUCUCCAGAUGACAGCUGGGAGCUGUGUCACAGGACCAUUGUGGAACAGGAACCAAAAGCCUCCUUUCCAAUAGGGGGCACCAUGCUGAAAAGGGAAGAUGAAGAUGCAGACACCUUUCUGCCUCUGGAUGAGAACGAUUCUCACUAUUCUGAAACCCUCCAGAGAUUCAACCAUGUAACACGUGCUGCGGGUGCAGAAGAUCAGGACCAAGACCAAAAUAUGCAGCUCAGUAAAAAUUACAAGUUCCUACAAGUUCAGUCCAAGCAAGAAUCUGAGGAUGAGCAAAAUGGAGACAGCGAGAUGGAGGGCGAUGAGGGAGAGGCUGCUAUCCACCUCAUCAAACGCUUUGGAGGCUUCCUCAAAAACAAGUAUGGCUACAGGAAAUUUAUGGAUCCUGGCAGGUCUUUGCAGAAGAGGUAUGGGGGAUUCAUAGGAGUCCGCAAAUCUGCCCGCAAGUGGAACAACCAGAAACGUUUUAGUGAGUUUCUUAAGCAGUACAUGGGGAUGAGCACUCGAGCUAGCAAGUUUAAUAGUAUGUCUGCUGAUAUCACCCAAGAGAAUGAAUAAAGCUUGGACUUUUAAGGCAAAUAAACAUACCCAGCGAACCACCAUUUGUUAUGCUCAGUCAAAUGAUAUCGUACACCCCUCUCCUCAAAAUCCACACAUGCACAAAAAAUCCAUAAUGCUACAGGGUUAGCAUUAACUUAUAUGACAAACAAGAUGUACAUUAAGAGAUCCUUAAAGGUGCACUCAGUAACUGUUCCCUCAUUAAAAAAAGUUUUGAAAUCAAAUGUGUAAUACUUAAAAUAAAUAAAUAAAAAAAUAAAAUACAAAAUUGGAAUCUUUUGGACUCAAAUGAGUUGAAGACUCCAUAUCAGUAGCUUAAUAAAAGAGGUUUUAUUUCACAUGUGGUGGGUCAUCCCCUGGGCGCUGCCAUGUUGAGAUCACAUGGCCAGCUGAAUAGCUACUACUUGCUUUAUCUUUGGUAACGGCCCUUAUUAUCAGACACUUUGGCUCACGGAAUAAAUUAAUUAUGGAUAAAUAGUGUAUUUCUACACUGGCAUCAGUAACUGAAAACAUUUGCUUCUUUUUGCAUGAUGCGGUUCAGUGUCUAAACUCUACUUGCACGAACAGUUUUGUUACACUCCUGCCACACCGAAAGAUGACUGCUAAAAUCUGAGUUCACCUAAAGCUUCUAAAUUCAAAUUAACAUGACUUACAAUGAGUGAUAGUAGCUUAAAGGCAUAAUCAACAGCAUUUAUAGCAUAAUGUUGAUUACAACAAAAAAUUAUUUCAACUCGUCCCUUGGUUACAGUAAAGCACUUACAAUGGAAGUGAAUUCGGCCAGUCCAUAAAUGUUCAAAUACGACACACUGUUUCAAAAGUAUAGGCGCAAGACGUAAACAUUAUAUGUAUUAACAUGAUUUUAGUGUGAUAAAAUUACUCCUUUUUAGGUUUACCUGCAUUAGCUGUGUCUUCAUGGCCACAAAGUUGUAAAAUUGGAUAAAACGUACUCUGACUAGGUUAGUGAGCGAAAUUAUCUCACUAAAAUCAUGUUAACAUGUAUAAUGUUUACGUGUUGUGGCAACACUUUUGAAACCGGGUUUAAGGAGGGGCUUAACUGAACCCCCUGACUAUUUGCCCACCCUAAAUAUCAAAAUGCCCCCCAAAAAUUGCAUCUGAUAACUGGCUCUGAUUUUAAUGUUUCCAUUAAUUUACAAAGGAAGUGUCUUACUGUAACUGUGAUUCUAUGCUUUUUCCAAAUACAAGAGGUACGAAUUGAAAUUAUUAACAUAAUACCACAAAUGCUGUCAUUUCAGCUUAACUUGUACUGAACCCGGAACAUUCAUUUAAAGCUUAGGGGAAAAAAAGGAAUAUGUCCCAGUGAGAUUCAUUUCUUUCUAAAAAAUAUUCAGACACCUAUAGAUGACAUUAGAUAAUACUGGUAUUGUACUAAUUUCCUUUAUAUUUGAUCAUACAUUGUAUAAAGACCAUUUGUGCUCCUCACCAACAGUAGGUCCAAAUUCAUCUCCUCUACACAACACUGCCACCUACUGGUCAAAGAAAAUUCCCAUUAUGAAAACAUAAAAUUCAUGGACAGAUUAAGGAAAGCUAAUCCAUGUUUACUAUUACCCCCUAAAUACAUAAAGCCAGAUUUCACAUAAACAAUUCCAACAAUGUCUUAUCACUGUAAUAUGCCUGUACAAACAUAAAUUCUGGCACACAUGCACACAGAGUUUGUAUUUGUGCACAUGAAAUAAUGUAUUUAUGCAAACAUUGCAGAGUCAUGCUUUACCCUUUAUUCCAAUGAUCAAAAUCAUAUUCACUAAAUGAACUGUAUAUGGCAACACUGAACUAUGUCAAUAAAAUAGUUUACUAUUUUCUGUGGCUUGUCAUGCAGCAAAUGAUUGUCUCCUGAAGUAUUUUGUUCAUACUACUGUCAAUAAUUUAUCUAAAGCAACACAAAAUUUUCACAUAAACACCUUGUUUUAUUUCUUUAUUUCUUAAACAAAUGCAGUGUUUAUUGAAAGCAAUUAUGAUGAAUGCAAUUUAAAAAAAAGGAACAGUUCAUCCAAAAAUAAAAAAAUCUCUCAUAAUUUAUUAACCCUCAUGCCAUCUCAGAUGUGUAUGAGCAGAUAAAGGCUGCAUAAAAGUAAUCCAUAUAUUCAGAAGCGAUGGUGUGGAAAUCAAUAUUUAAGUAUUUUUUUACUAUAAAUCUCCACUUUCAUUUUCCUUUUAUUUUUUUGGUGAUUUGCAUUCUUCGUGCAUAUUGCCACCUACUGGGCAGGGAGGAGAAUUUAUUGUAAAAAAGUAAAUAUUGAGCUGUUUCUCACCCACACCUAUUAUAUCGCUUCUGAAGACAUUUAACCACUGAAGUCGUAUUAAUUUCUUUUAUGCUGACUUUAUGUGCUUUUUGGAGCUUCAAAUUUCUGGACACCAUUCACUUGCAUUGUGAGGACCAACAGAACUGAAAUAUUCUUCUAAAAUCUUAAUUUGUGUUCUGCAGAAGAAAGAAAGUCAUACACAUCUGGGAUGCCAGGAGAGUGAGAAAAUGAUUCAUUUUUGAGCGAACUACUUUAAUUGUCUUUCCGAAUCAUCCAAAUGUAUCUCGCACUAUGUUCAUCCUCAAA